AUGAUGCUGGACAAUAUGCGGUCGAGCCUCCAGGUGGCUCCCCUCGCGAUCCAGAAGAACCGUUCUGGACGGUUGGACAAUCGCUCACAGGAUGACGGGGACGAUGCUUCGACACAUCCAUACUCCCACUCCCAGAUAACACCGCCUACGACUCCGAACGAUUCGCAGGAAGACCUCGUUACCGAGCCGAUAUCAGCCAACCCCGUCUUCCACAACUUCCUCCGAGCUUUUUACCCGUUCAAUCCACCAUGUACGGUUUCCGACUCGACGGUCACGCUGCCAUUGAACGAGGGGGAUGUGGUCCUGGUACAUUCGAUCCAUACUAAUGGAUGGGCUGACGGGACGCUUCUGAUGUCGGGUGCAAGAGGCUGGCUGCCCACAAACUAUUGCGAAGCAUAUGACCCGGAUGAGAUGCGCAAUCUACUGAAGGCCCUUCUCAACUUUUGGGACUUGCUUAGGAGUACGGUGACAAACGAGCGAGACAUCUUCGGCAACCAGGAAUUCAUGAAGGGCAUCAUUGCUGGCGUGCGAUAUCUCUUGGAACGAACACACUGUCUUACACGCGAGUCACCAACGAUUCAGAGGAGCGACGCCCUUCGACGGGGUCGCAAAUCGCUACUGUCGGAACUUUCCUCCCUGGUCAAGACUGCCAAGCGCCUUCAAGAGAUACUCCGAGUAUCCCCCCAGUCAACCGGAGAUGUUAACGACAUCAUUGACGAGAUGAUUCUCAAGGCGUUCAAGAUCGUGGUCAAGGGUGUGCGGUUCCUCGAUCUAUUGGACGAGGAUCGACGGUUACGCGCGCCGGCAGUGACGGUAAUGGCGACCGUGGUGGAGGAGUCGGUUGUCCCACCUACGCCGCCGUCAGAGUCGACGCCAUUCGAAAGCGGCCACGAAGAGGAUUCGAACGCAGGCUCCCGGUCAAGUGUCGACGAGACGUCCACUGAAACGAUGUUGCCCAGGCCGACAACCGAGGGCGCACAGACGAGCGAACUAACCAACAAGCGUUUGUCCUCCGUUUACUCGUCUGCAAACACGACAGCAAAUCACAUGUCUCAGGCGAAUAUGGCCCAUUCGAAACGUCAUUCUGCCAGCAUUUCUCACCGCGUGUCUCUAGCCGGCCCCUCACCACUGUCGCAGUCCCAGAAUCUUGUCUCGGAGCGACUCAACUCUUCGCACAGCAAAUUCCUAUCGCACCUGGGUUAUUUCAUAGGGCGUUUGGGGCUCCAGUCGCGCCCGGAAUUUGCGUCGGCCAUCAAACAGUCUGCCAUUUCCGGCGGGGCGUUGCUGUCCGUGGUCAAGGUGGUGUGCGACCACAAUUUGCUUGUCUCGGAAACACUGGAACAAGCCCGCGCCAUUAUGUUUGACAACAUCCUCAACCUUGUUUCCUCGGCACGAGAGAUACUCGGGAAUGGCGGCUCCGACGCGGAACACGUUGUCAUGCCGCAGGGCGAUGAACUCCAGCAUGUCGCCAUCGACUGUGUCAAGGCUGCUGGUGAAUGUGUUGCAAGGACGAAAUGGGUGCUCGAGAAGAUAGGCGACUUUGAAUUCGAGGUGCAGGAGAGUCCUCUCGGCAUCGAUCUCGGCGUGUUCGACAAAGCAUCAGGCAGUCGGCCACGCACUCCAGACAGGGCCAGUGUCGCAGAUUCCAAGACAUCUCAAUCAUCACCAACGCCGCGGCCAAUGCACUUAUCCAUGGAUAAGCCAUUGCCUGAAGUUCCUUCUGUUGAAACAACGCCCGAGAAGCGGAACUCACAACAACCUUCCCCGCCUUCAUCGCGGCCGCUAUCUAUGGUCAUCGACGAUGCUGCUUCGAGCAUGGCAUCGACAGUGUCCUCCAUCCGACCAACACUUCCACCCCUUCCCAAGCUGACGACAACGCUGUUGCCGGAAGAGUCGUACAGUCCGACCACCGAGACAUCUCACGAUGGCGAAUACCAUACCUCUUUUCGGUCAGAUACGGGAACUGCAUCCAGCUCUGGCACCAACAGUACUUACUUGAGCCGCGACUCUGAGUCUAGCAUGGUGUCUGCAACGUCCACGCGCGCGACAACGCCUGACUUCGCCCCAGCACCAAAGAAUCAACCCUCGUUGUCUGACAUGAGCACGGCAGGAAGUAUGACGCAAAGCGAAGAGGCUGAUGAGGUCGAAUCGAAGCUUUUGGAGAAGACCUUCGCACAUGAGCUCAUGUUCAAUAAGGAGGGCCAGAUCAUCGGCGGCUCGCUAGCUGCUCUUGUUGAGCGUCUCACGACGCAUGAGUCGACUCCCGAUGCCGUCUUUGUAUCUGCCUUCUAUCUCACGUUCAGAUUGUUUUGUACGCCGAUGAGAUUGACCGAGGCGCUCAUCGAACGAUUCGACUACGUCGGCGAGACACCGAACGUUUCUAGCCCUGUUCGAUUGCGCGUUUACAACGUGAUGAAGGGCUGGUUGGAAUCGCAUUGGCGGGACUCGACAGAUCAUGAAGCGCUGGCCCUAAUCCAGCAAUUCGCCGAACACAACCUGGGGGCUAUCCUACCAUCUGCCGGCAAACGGCUUCUGGAGCUUGCACAACGCGUCUCUUCCGCUGAGGGCUCCUUGGUUCCUCGCCUGGUAUCAUCCAUGGGCAAGACGAUCACUGCAAUCGCCUCAUUCGUACCUGCUGACUCGCCACUACCCCACACUAUACUAUCAAAGAGCCAGCAAAACCUCUUGAGCAACUGGAAGUCGGGUGGCAGCUCCCCUUCGGUGCUAGACUUUGACCCUCUUGAGAUUGCCAGGCAACUGACAAUGAAGCAAAUGAGCGUUUUCUGCUCUAUCAUGCCCGAGGAGCUAUUAGGGUCGCAGUGGAUGAAGAAUGGUGGCGUGGAAUCGCCGAACGUCAAGGCGAUGUCCAGUUUCUCCAACGACCUCUCCAACCUCGUGGCGGACACCAUCUUGCAAUACCCCGAGGUGAAGAAGCGGGCGGCUAUGAUCAAGCAGUGGAUCAAGAUUGCCCAUCAGUGCCUAGAGCUGAACAACUACGAUGGACUCAUGGCUAUCAUCUGCAGUCUCAACAGCUCCAUCAUCAACCGCCUCCGGAAAACGUGGGACAUUGUGAGCCCCAAGCGACGAGACAUGUUGAAGUCCCUCCAAGCCAUUGUCGAACCGUCCAACAACAACAAGGCACUGAGAGGUCGACUCCAAGGUCACGUACCGCCAUGCCUACCCUUUCUCGGCAUGUUUCUCACCGACCUCACGUUUGUCGACAUCGGCAAUCCUGCCACGAAGCAACUUCCUAGUGCUGGCGCAAAUGACCAAGGUCUGACAGUCGUCAACUUUGACAAGCACAGCCGGACAGCCAAGAUCAUUGGUGAGCUGCAGCGUUUCCAGAUCCCUUAUCGACUGCAAGAAGUGCCUGAUAUGCAGGAAUGGAUACAGGCGCAGCUUGUCCGUGUGAAGGAGAUGGACCAGAACAAUGUUCAAGUUAGUUACUAUCGCAAAAGUCUGCUCCUCGAACCCAGAGAGAACAUGGUCAAGACACCUGUCGAUGGUCCACCUGCCACGCCUCAGCAGAAAGCCGACCUGUUUGGCUGGAUCUCUAGAGAUCGACACAACAACAACACGGCGGUGGCAAUAUAA